AUGGAUAAUAUGAGUGAGUCGAGGUUUCUAAAACCCAUGCACAAUUCUCUUGGCAAAGGGUUUGGGGCAGGGCAUCCUCGUCCCGCCCGUCCCGCCAACCCGUUCGGGGUGAGCUCCGUCGAGGUGGGAGUCCUCAAUGAUGAGACGGUUAACAUAGUCACAAGAUUAGAACCUGCUUGCCAGCUAGCCAUGUCUGAAGGAGGAAAUGGAAAUGAGAGAUUCUUAUGGGAUGAUGAUCAGUUAUGGGAUUUUCAAAUUCCAGGCAACACAGGAGUAAUUAGUAAUCAACAUUUGGACAGAAGGAUGAUGGAUAUCAUCAAUAUAAAUAGCCCGGAUAAUGAGGUGGCGAAAGAUGUUCAAGUGCCAACUCCAACUCCAAUGCCACCGCCACCGCCAAAGCAGCCAGCCGCUGCUGCAGGGAAGAAGAGGAAAGCUGCAAGUGGUGAUGAUAAAGAUAAGGGGAAAAAAGUUGUCGGUGAAUCUGAUCAUGAAAUGCAUAUUUUGACGGAGAGAGAGAGGAGGAAGAAGAUGAGGGACAUGUUCGCCUCUCUUCAUGCUUUGCUACCUCAACUUCCUGCAAAGGCUGACAAGUCCACCAUUGUUGAUGAAGCAGUAUCCUACAUAGGAUCAUUGCAAGAAACACUUGAGAAACUGCAGAAAAAGAAACUUGACAGGAUCCGUGGGAUGACUAAUUCCACCGAUUUUCAGACAUAUACUUCUCCAAAUGUUGUCCUAAACACAUUUGGCGAAGAUGCCCAUAUCAACAUUUGUGCAGCUAAAAAACCAGGGCUGUUCACUGCCAUUUGCUAUGUUUUGGAGAAGUACAGAUUGCAAGUGGUUUCUGCCCAAGUUUCGUCUAAUCAAUGCAGAAGCACGUAUCUGAUUCACACCCAUGCAAAUGGAGCAUCUGAGCAUUUCCCUCUGGCAAUUCCAGUGGAAGAAAUCUACAAGCUAGCUGCAGCAGAGAUAAUGCGAUGGGUUAAUGCCUGA